AUGUCAUUUCAACAAAUACUACAAUCACAUUAUAUAAGGAAAUUAAUAUUUGGAUACGUUAGAGAUAUACACACUCAUUCGGAGCUUUACACAUUUCAAGCCGAUCAUUUGAAACAUCUUUCUGUAGGCUAUUUGCUUACUCAUCAAUGUAAAAACUUGAUUCCUUUAAAGUUGGGGUAUACUACUCUAGUACAACCUGACUCUUCAUCUACUUCAUCUUCUUCAUCUUCAUCAUUGAUAUUUAAAUCAUACAAACAAAGUAAACAACUAUGGUGUUUAAAAGACUUUGAUCAAAGCUUUUUUAUGAACAAUCAUUCAUUACCAUUGUUUCUAUACUUUUACAACACCAUCUUAAAGGAUGAACAAGAGAGACUGUACUUUUUCACGGUUAUGUAUAGAUCGUACUAUGUCUUGGAUGUGUGUUGUGGAGCGUCACUAGAGAUUGUCAAAUUCUUGCAUGAACGUCACUUCAACUAUCAUGAACCGUAUCUAUACGCAAUCGACCGAAAUAAUAUGGCCGUGUUAAAGUAUUUGUUUGAUACACCAACAUUUACAUUUAAAGCAAAGCAAAGAAUGAAUGCAUUGGCCCGUGCAUCCAAACGUGGUCUAUUCGAGAUGAUACACGAGCUUCUCAAAGAGUGCCAACCCCCUGACCACCCAUUCUAUGUGACUGUGCAGACGCUGCAUGAUGUGAUCGAACCCAACAUGACUGCAUUUGACCGAAUCGUCCCAAUACAACCAACAACUGAAAACCAAAAGCUAGCACUUCUCCAACUAUUCUUGGAGGUGUUCAAGUCAAAAGUACAGGUUCGUGAAAAGUUUAUGAAGACAUCGCCAACCGACUCUACCAAACUCAUCCCAGAUGAAAGAAUGGUCGAUAAACUACCACCUCUAGAGAUUAUAAACAUCCAUUUUGCAUCACUACUCGGACAAGCUGCAAGACGUGGAUACUUAAAUAUCACCAAAUAUUUAAUCAGUCUUUGUCAAAAAGAUCCAUCCAUUCAUUUGUCAAGUUCAAAAGACAAGAUCACACUGUUACAUUAUGCAAUCCAUUCAAACCAUUUUGAAACUAUUCAAUUUAUUUAUCAAUUUAUCAUUGAUUUAAAUAACAACAACAAUAAUCAAUCAAACACUGAUGUAGUCAUUCCAGAUCAAAUUCUUGAUGAACUAGAUCCAGAUUUAGAUCAUCGUGAAAGAUUUAGAGUGUUGAUGCAGAAUCAACCAGUAUUUUCAAGUGGUACUUUUAGAGCUAUGAGUUGGCACAACCUAGAGUUGAUCAAGUUUUUGGAUCAAGAAAAAGUAUUUAAAGUUGAUACUCUUGACUUUCAAGAUAUGUUAACGAAAACAAAUGGAUCGUUUGAAGUAUUCAAAUACUUGACCAAUCAACAAGACAAAUUCCCACAAUUCUAUUGUCCAUCUUUUGCCCAAGUAUCUGAAAAGAUUCAAGAAAUUCAAGAUUCUCAUCGUCCUUAUGUUAGUAAUCAUAUCUUUCAACAAAUUGAUCCUACCUAUUAUCAUUGUUUAAAUCAAUAA